AUGUAUCAGCAGACUAAGCGUCUUGCCCCGUACGCCCACCUCCACGCCAGCCCCGCCGGGCCAGGUGAUGCCAGGCCGACUGCACUCCAGAUCGUCGAGGACGAGGGUCUGAUCAACGCCUGGCCGGACCGGGUCGUGCUGAUCACCGGCGCAUCUGCCGGCAUCGGCCUCGAGACAGCGCGUGCGCUGCAUGCCACCGGGGCGACAAUCUACCUCGCAGUGCGCUCCACCAGCAAGGGCGAGGCGGCCAAAGCGUCCAUCGAGGCCAACUCCGUAGGCCACGGGCCAAUCAAGAUCUUGGAACUGUCCCUCGACAGCCUAGCCUCCGUGCGGAAGGCUGCCGUCGCGUUCCUGGCCCAAUCGCAACGGCUCGACCUCCUGAUCAACAACGCGGGCAUGACGACGCUGUCGCCCGAGAAGACCGUCGACGGCUUCGAAGCGCAAUUCGGCACCAACCACCUCGGCCACUUCCUGCUCACCUCGCUGCUGCUCCCCGCACUCGCCGCGGCCGCCUCCCCGGGCCGCGCCAGCCGCGUCGUCAACCUGACGUCCGGCACGACGAACCUGUACCUCGACGCCCAGAUGGACCUGACGGACCUGGACUUCUCCCGGCGCGGCUUCGACACCGAGCAGUCGUACGCCGCGUCCAAGCUGGCCUGCACCCUGCACGCCAACCACCUGGACCGCCUGUACGGCUCUGAUCCAGAGCAUCCCGUCCGCGGCUUCAGCGUCAAUCCCGGCGGCAUCAAGACGAAGCUCCUCGAUAGCGCGACGGAGGCGACCAAGGCUAUGUUUGAGCCGUACUGGUUCAUCUUCAAGUCCUUUGAGCAAGGCGCUGCUACGACGGUGUGGUGUGCGACGGCGAAGGGACUGGAGGGGAAGGGCGGGUUGUAUUGUGAGGACUGUGGUGAGGCUGAGCCGGCGGCUGUGGUUGACGGCCAAAGGGUGAGGACUGUCGGUUAUGCACCUUGGUCCAUUGGUGAUCAUGAGACUGAGGCGAAACUGUGGGAGAUCAGCGAGCAGCUUGUGGCCUCCAAAGGCAAUUGA